CGUCAAGUCUAGGAAUCAGUUGAUUCAGUCACUUUGCUCAGAUAUUCAAGGCAUCUUCAACCAUGAAUGCCAAGGCACCUCGGAAGAAAAGAUACGCUACAAAGGGGAAAACCGGCUGUAUCACCUGUCGGAUUCGGCGAGUGAAGUGUGACGAAGACAAGCCAAGUUGUCAUCGUUGCACCUCCACCGGCCGCAAGUGCGACGGUUAUGACCUGGCUACCCUAGCCCCCAGCGGCAGAGUUCAACUUCGCCCGAUAGUCUCUGGAGGCACUGAUUCUGAAAGUCAGGCAAUCUACCAAUUCCGAACCCGAAUCGCAACGCUCAUCGCCUCUUCUUUCGAUGCCGACUUCUGGACAUACGACGUGUUACAUAAGGCAGAUAGAUAUGCGCCCGUGCGCCAUGCGCUUGCAGCUCUGGCAUCAGCAUACCAGAAAUCUAUCCUUCUUGGGAUCCAAUCCGCUUCAUGCGACAGAUUCAUAUUUUCCCAGUACGAUAAAGCCAUAAAGUCUCUUUACACCUGCUUUCAACAGAGCAAGACCCUCUCUACAGGAGGAAAACUGGCUGCUUUGGUGGCAAACUUUCUCUUCACUUAUCUUUGCUCUUUGCAAGGUCUUCGUGAAGAAGCUCUUAUUCAUCUCAGAAACGGACUAGCACUCAUCAAUGAAUGGGGUGACCUGAGAGGUCAUGGCCAGCAUAUGAUGACGGAUAUACUAGGCCUAUACAUGAGGUUGGAUACACAAACGCGGGUCAUCUCAACAGCCGACUGUGUGUCGCUUUGCUGGGGAGAUCGGUUGAUCCAAUCAUCUUGGGGUGAGAAUUCCGGGGGCAACUCGAUAUGUCCGUUGCUGCGACAGCUUGACGCCAUACACAGCCGAUUGCUAGGGUCUCCACUCAUUUAUGACAAUUCCAACUUUGAUCCAUGUCGCGAACAGUCUUUAGGAAUUUGGGACCUGCGUUUUCAGAGCCUAACUGUUACCUCUCAAGAAGAAGAGAAUCAUGUGACCGCCCUCAGAAUGCGACGGAAGAUGGUUGAAGUGACCAUGAAUAUGUCAAUUAACACAACUGAUGGUGUAAAAAGCACUGUCGAUAUCAAUUGCAAGACCAUUUUGGAUUUGGCGCUCCAGCUAAUAAACGACCUGGGCCUCCGACCUGCCCAAGCUGGAUUCUAUCUGGCCAACGGCCUUGUCGAAGCACUCUACUUCGUCGCUGUCAAUUCCGAGGACUGGGACUUGAGACAACAGGCUAUAGGCAUUUUACGACAAUAUCGGUUCACAGAUGGGGUUUGGGGAAGCAAUGCUGCUGCUGAUUUAGCAGAGAGCCGUUUACAGAGCGAUAUCCACACUUAUCAGCAGCAGCUUGAGGCGUGACGAAAAGAUAUACAUGCCAAUAUCAUAAUAUACAACAGAUUCGUCUUUCUUGGUCUUAUUCUCAUUCUAUACUUGCUUGAAGAUGGUGAUCCCUUGCGGCUCGGGAUACCUAAGGAAAAGCUUGAGCUUCGGCAAGAUGUCAGAGAAUGCCGGUAGCUUCUCCAUAUCCAACCCCCUCCCAUCUCGUCCAUCAAUCUUGAAAGGUCUCAUACUGAGCUUAUUCUGCUCAAUAUCCUCCAGUGAGAAUUGCAGUGGCAGGAUGCAAGCAACUUGAGGCGCCUUUAAAUUCUUGCCUAUCAUUCCGGCGAUUUGAUUCAGCCAGCUUGGAACGGCAGGGUCAGCAAAUGACAUGACGAUGCAGCCGCCGGCCAGGGCCAAAAGAUCAUUUUUGUCGGC